AGAGGCAGGGAGGGAGGUAUACCCACCACCGCGGUGGCAGCAUCCUCCAGUUGACAGUGGGAUCCUGCACUCACCUCUCCAGAGAAACAGACCUUUUGGGGAGCUAUCCAGGUAAGAUUAAGAUUGCUGCUGAGUUUGCUGUUACCAAGGGUGCAGGAAGCCGAGGGAGACACAAAUUUGCCUGUGCGGAAUUCGGUGGGGUGUCAGGUGUGCCAGAGGUGACUUUAAACUGGGGAGGUGGAUUUGCAUUUUCCUAGGAGUGAGGGACGUUUUCUAUAGCACUUUGAUGUGUGCAACUGGCUGGAAUCGGAUUUCAGCAGAUAGGGGGUAGAGCUCCGGUGGAGUAGGCUUAGGGCGCGGCGAUACUUCCAGCUCUGCACCCCUCCCUUCCUAAAGCUGUACGUCGACGAACCUAACCUGUUUUUGAUUCUACUUCCAGCCCGGGAGCCCGAGGAGACUGCGGGCUGUGUAGUGGCGGGAAACGCCCCUCUGCAAAGCCAAAGAAAAGCUCUCGGCGCAUUCCCGGGACCUGGGUGCACAUCCCGGGUUCCAGACCACCCGCCCCCCGGCUGCUGAGACCGAAGGGUGUCGCCUGGCCUCGCCAGGAUGCACAACGGGUCGUUCUGGGAGCCUGGAGCGGGUAACACGUCGUGCCGGGACUGGGCUCCCGGCUGCGGGAACGCGUCGAGCCCCGCGCCCCUGCCGCUGCCGCAACCACUAGCGGUGGCGGUGCCAGUAGUCUACGCGGUGAUCUGCGCGGUGGGGCUGUUGGGCAACUCGGCGGUGCUCUACGUGCUGCUGCGAGCACCACGCAUGAAGACCGUCACCAACCUGUUCAUCCUUAACUUGGCCAUCGCGGACGAACUCUUCACCCUCGUGCUGCCCAUCAACAUCGCCGACUUUCUGCUGAGGCAGUGGCCGUUCGGCGAGGUCAUGUGCAAGCUCAUCGUGGCCAUCGACCAGUACAACACCUUCUCCAGCCUCUACUUCCUCACCGUCAUGAGUGCCGACCGCUACCUGGUGGUGCUGGCCACCGCCGAGUCGCGCCGGGUGUCCGGCCGCACAUACGGUGCGGCGCGCGCUGUCAGCCUGGCUGUGUGGGCGCUGGCGACGCUGGUGGUGCUGCCCUUCGCAGUCUUCGCCCGGCUGGACGACGAGGAGGGCCGGCGCCAGUGCGUGCUGGUCUUCCCGCAGCCCGAGGUCUUCUGGUGGCGCGCCAGCCGCCUGUACACGCUGGUGCUGGGCUUCGCCAUCCCGGUGUCCACCAUCUGCGUCCUCUACACCACCCUGCUGUGCCGGCUGCGUGCCAUUCGGCUGGACAGCCAUGCCAAGGCCCUGGGCCGCGCCAAGAGGCGGGUGACCUUCCUGGUGGCGGCGAUCCUGGCCGUGUGCCUGGUCUGCUGGACGCCCUACCACCUGAGCACCGUGGUGGCUCUCACCACCGACCUGCCGCAGACGCCGCUGGUCAUCGCCAUCUCCUACUUUAUCACGAGCCUGAGCUAUGCCAACAGCUGCCUCAACCCUUUUCUCUACGCCUUCCUGGACGACAGCUUCCGCAAGAACCUUCGGCAUCUGGUGGUGUGCCACACCGCCCGCUGACUGCCUGCGUUUCCGUCAGCGCGGCCAGCCCGGGGGUGCCGUGGAAACACCAGAGUUCGAUUCCCUACAGGCAGCCCGGGCGUCCCCAGGCCCCUGCCGGGGAUGCAGACUCUCAGGCUACCCAAGGAAGCAUGUCUGCGCCGGCAAUUUCAGUCUCCCGCCCCCGGGUGUGGCGGGUGCUCACCGAGC